GGAGAAGAGCCGAGGUGGCGGGAGCGCGCGGGCGCGCUGACGGCUGAGCCUCGCGCCGUCUUCGGACAAACGUAGCGGUCGGUUCAGCAGCGGCUAUGGCGGCGGCGGCUCGUGUGCUGCUGAACGGACAGGUCUUCGAAAUCUCUUUAAACGAGUCCGUUUUCUCCUGGAAGUCGCUGCGUCUCAGGAACUCGCCGUCAGCUGCCGCCGCUCGAGGAGGGCGAGGGGAAGGCGAGAACCAAUCUGUGCCUGUCUCUGAGAUCAUUGCUGUUUGUAAAACUGAAGUGGCUGGGACAUGUAAAGAAAGUGGAAGAUGGCAGAAAAUGACAUCAACAACAACAUCAUUUACUCCUGAGCAAAUUUUGCAUGAUUUUACAGUGUAUUACGUGCAGAGAUCAAAAGAGCACCAUUGGUGUUGUGCUGAAGUGACCUUUUACUGCAGUGAUCAACUUCUUUGUAACCAAUGGGUUCAAGCACUCCAGAGACGGCUUGAUUUACAAGGUGUGCGACCAAAAAACUUGCUUGUAUUCAUCAAUCCUUUCGGAGGAAAACAACUAGGCAAACAUAUAUAUGACAAAAAAGUAGCCCCUUUGUUUCAGUUAGCCUCUAUAACUACUGAAGUGAUUGUAACUGAACAUGCCAAUCAUGCAAGGGAUCAUUUGGCAGAAGUGGAUCUGAGGAUAUAUGAUGGCAUUGUUUGUGUUGGUGGUGAUGGAAUGUUCAGUGAGGUCAUUCACGGUCUGAUAUGUCAGACACAGAAGAUUGCGGGUAUUGACCAAAAUGACCCCAAUAGUAAACUUGUUGCUUGUAGUCUGAGAAUUGGAAUUAUCCCAGCAGGUUCAACGGAUUGCAUAUGCUAUGCAACAGUUGGAGUGAAUGAUCCCGUGACAUCUGCCUUGCACAUCAUUGUAGGUGAUUCUCAACCUAUGGAUGUCAGCUCAGUUCAUCAUAACAACACAUUUUUGAAGUACUCAGUAUCUUUAUUAGGAUAUGGAUUUUAUGGUGAUGUGCUGAAGGACAGCGAAAAUAAUCGUUGGAUGGGUCCAUCAAGAUAUGAUUUUUCAGGUUUCAAGACAUUUCUUUCUCACCAAUGCUAUGAGGGAACUGUUUUGUAUUUGCCAGCAACUGAAACAUUAGGAAAUCCAAGAGAUGAGAGUCGGUGCACAGCUGGAUGCUAUGUUUGCCAAUACAGUGGAAAACUGUUGGACCUAUCAAACAACAAACAGGAGCUGAAACAUGUGGCGGAGGAAGAAGAUUGGAAGGUUGUCAAGGGAAAGUUUCUCGCCAUAAAUGCAGCAAACAUGAGUUGUGCAUGUUCAAAAAGUCCAAUGGGUCUUUCACCAGCUGCACACUUGGCAGAUGGAACCAUCGACCUGAUACUAGUUCGGAAAUGCUCCCGAUUCAAUUUCCUGAGACAUCUCAUCAGACAUACAAACAAAGAUGAUCAGUUUGAUCUUGCUUUUGUCGAGGUUUACCGAGUGAAGCAAUUCAUAUUUACACCAAAAUACAGUGAAGAGGACAACAUUGACAUCAGGGACGUUGGUAAAAAUCUCUUUGGUCAGUUCUGCAGCGAUCAUCCUGCCUGCGGUUGUUCACAGGUUAAUAGUAAUUGGAACUGUGAUGGAGAGAUAAUUGAACAUGCAGCCGUUGAAGUGAGAGUACACUGCCAGCUGAUCAAGCUUUUUGUAAGAGGAAUAGAGCAUUCUACACAAAAGACAUCCUGAACUCCUAUGCAGUUUAAGAUGCAAAGAAACCUCAGGACUCCACAUGUCAUAAAAUACAAUCUUUGAGUUCUGCCAUUCAUGUAAUCCUGAUGCUUUAGGUUUAUUUGCUUGUUAAAAAAAAGUUUUUUGCAUUGAUUGUUAAAACCAUUAACAUCUGUUUACGCCUUCAAAGCGAAAUACCAAUUUAAUAACUUUAGUUUUUGUUUCAAAAUGUAAUUUUCUAUAAAUUUUUAAUUUUAUAAUUACACUUAACAAGAUGGAGAAUGUAAAUGUGAUAUUCAAUAAUUUAUAUUACUCUGGUGCAAGAUGCUCUGGUUUGAAACUUGGAGCAAUCCAAACAAAUUGUGCACCUAAAAUGCAACAAUUUGCAAUUGCUUUGUUUAAAUAUUUAAUGUUUAGUUGCUUCAUCUAAAUUGGUUUAUUAACGAUGAUGGUUGGGAUUUUUAACCUACUGCUAAUUGGAGUAUAGAUUAGUGGGCGGGGGGUUUCUUGCACAGGUUUUUUUUUGCAACUCAUAUUAGUAUCUUCCCUUUCUUCUACUGUACUUUACAUCUUAACAAUGCAAUCUGAAUGGAUAUUCUGAGUGCGAAUUGCUGUUAAUUUGUAAGCAAUGAUAGAUUAUAGUUUGAGCAAUUAUUUUAGUAACUAUUAAUAGAGAUUUAAAUAGUUGAGUAUUUUAAAUUUUUUACAUAGCAGAUAUAUAUUUAUUGUAGUAUGAGAGUGUGGGGAGCUUCUGCGUAACGUAAUAUGUGUUCACUAUGUGAAUGGAAUGUUGAUACUGGUGUUAAUUCACUAAUAGAGCAUUCUGAUUAAUUACAGACACCAGCAGUCAUUUGCUUUGUGUUCUGUUCUCUGCAUUCUUCUUCUGGUAAGAAGGUAAAACACUGUAUGCAGUUGUAUAUACAUUGGUCACCUAGCAUGGUGUCUCUAACCAUUAUUUGCUAGAGUCAAAUAAUAUGUUUGUUUGAAUUCUGUGUUGGAGUUUGCUAAUAUUUGCUGACUAGAGUUGCUUUUGUUUUGUGGUUAAUGUGGGUGGUUUGGUUUUCCUGUAUUAUUGUUUGCUUUGUUUCAAAGUGUACAUGAUUGAUGUAAGUGGCAUGAGUGGACUUCAAAUUGAAGAGUAACUUAAUUUGAAUGCUUGUGUGACAAAAUGCUUUGUUACAUGGCGCAGAUAAAAAAAAUUCACCAAAAUUGAAAUUUCUUUGGCAAGAGAAGGCUCUUCAGGUUCAUUAGACCAAUUGAUAGAUACUUUUUGCUAUUUUCAGGUAGCUUGGCGACCAAGCUAUAAUUGCAGAUAAAAUACCUGAAUUGCAAAAAUGUGUACUGCUGCUCUUUAAAUCAUUCAUUCAGCGACUCAAUAUAAAGAAAUGCAAAAAAGCACUUAAGUAAAAGAAAAUACACCCAAGGUGUUUGCUAUGAAAUAAUUUUGGAAAAUUGCUCACAAUUAGCAUCCUGAACUAAUUAUUGGAUCAUUAUAUUACAGUUGUGUUUUGCUUGGAUUGGGAUUGGGGUAUUCCUAUUUUGGUAGGAUGAACUUUUAUUUCAGUCCUGUUUGUUUUAAAUCCUCAAUAGGUUUUACCCAAACAUAGUGGUGCUUACCUAACUCUAGUUUCCAUGUUAAAAACAUGUUUGUAAAUCUAAACAAGGUCUCUUUCAGAUCUGAUUUCGUAGUCUAAGCAAGUAUGCAGUUUGGUUGAUAUCUGAAUUUGAACAGUGUCACUUUAAUUUUAAGCAAACAUUUAAAACAUUUCCUCUUAUCAGAUACUUAGUUGUUUCCUAUCAAAUUUAUGUUCAUUCAACUCCCAAUUUUUGCUAGAGGCUAACUUCUCACCGUGCUAAUGCCCAGAUUAAGAACUAAACUAAGCAACAAGUGAACUGACUUAUUUUGUAGGAAAAAUAGCAUGAAAUAUUUAAUUAUUUCCUUUUUGUUAUUUGCCUGGCUGCAUGAAUUUUGACUGCUUUAUUUACACAACUUUAAUGAAUAUUUAAUAGGUUAGUUUUGCAGUCAUUGUAUUAUGGUUUUACAUUAUAUCAUCUUUGAAAUCAGUUGGAAGUAUGUACACAUUACAAUCUUCUUGGUGAAAGUUCUUAAUUUAACUUAUACGAUAUGUUUGGCAUGUGAUGGUUUGUAGUAAUUCAAAAUGAAUUUCUUUGUAACAGAUGAAUUGUUUAGACUUUGUUCUUUGCUACUAGUUGUGAGCUGUUACUCUUGUGGAUUUCAAAAAUAUAAACAUUUACUUGUUCUAA